UUUAUUUAAUAAUAAAUAUAAUUAUAAAAUUAAAAAUUUAAGCUUAUUUCGAUUCGAUCAAUAGUUUAAAACCAGGCAAUCAUAUUUGGCGCCAAAUGGCUCUGCUCAAGCGAUAAAAAUCGUCAUGUUGGCAUCUAUGAACACAACUAAACCUGAGCUGACCUGAGCUUCUGUGUAAAUUGUUUACAUGACAGAAUGAACGACGCACGUGGUUUAGAAUUUUCGUGGAAAAAUCCCAUAAAUCAUCCACAAUGUCCCCAUGGACCAACAUUAUUGUUUGGAAGAUACGUCAAGGAUGAAGUAGAGAAAUUUUAUGCGUGCUCCGCCUGUCGUGACAGAAAAUUGUGUAGAUUCUAUUUAAAAUAUGGACAGGAAUUGUCGAAAUCUCAAAAGCGUAUGUGGGAGCUGGAAAAUAAGAAGUACACUCGGCAUUAUGUUCAUCGAGAAUUAUAUAUUCGUUUUAACAAGCUCAAGCUGGAACCUGCGAAGAACAGACAUUACUGCCACAGUUGUGAGAAAUUAAUAUUUAAUUCUGAAAAGGAUAAGCAUAUGGAUCAUGAGAUCACAGAGAAUUUAACUGAUUAUCAACUGCAUCAUCCGACAAAACUUUUAAAACCUUUGGAGAAUCCAAAAAAGGAAGCUCAAUAUUUAUUUUCUAAAAAGUCUACGGAAGAUAUAAUAAAUAUGCUACUGAAACUUGAAGCUAAACAAAUUCUUUGUAUUGGCACCCCAAGAAUACAUGAAUACAUAAUCGAGCAUCAUACAGAUAGGAUGUCGUCUCUUCUUUUAGACUUUGAUGAAAGAUUUCAUAAUUUUUUUGGACCACUAGAGUAUUGCUGGUACAAUAUUUUCAAUCAUCACUUUUUCAAUAAAAAUGCUGUUAAUGUAUUCAAAGAUUUUCUUACUCAAAAUGAAGGAAAGGACACUUACUUAAUAUGCGAUCCUCCGUUUGGUGGCCGCUUGGAACCCAUAUCAUACACAAUAAAAACCAUAUCUGACCUGCAUAGAAAAUUGAACGGACGUAUUUAUAAUGAUAAUUUUUUCUUGAAAAUCAUAUUUAUAUCUCCAUACUUUAUGGAGCACAUAAUGAAAGAAAAGAGCAAUCCACCACAAGAGACUGGUGGCCUCAGAAAUUUAAAGAUGUCUGAUUAUAAAGUGGAUUAUGAUAAUCAUCCCUUAUUUAUAUCAGAGAAACGUGGUAGAAAGCAGGGCUCUUCAGUGAGAAUUUUCACUAAUAUACCAUUGAAUCUAUUGGAGCUUCCUUCGUCCGAUGGGUAUAAAUUUUGUCAAGAUUGUGAAAAAUGGAUUUCUAGCGAAAACAAGCAUUGUAAGAAGUGUAAAGAAUGUACCUCCAAAGAUGGCCAAACGUACAAGCAUUGUGACAUAUGCAAACGAUGCGUAAAACCUACUUGGAAACAUUGUCGAAUUUGCAAAAGAUGUAUGUUAGAGAAACAUACGUGUGGUCCAAUACCGAAUAUUGUAGGAAGGUGUUUUAACUGUGAUAAAUUAGGUCACACUAAAAAAGAAUGUCCUAAUUUUACUGAAGUCGGAAUUGAAACAUAUGUAAAGAAACGCAAAGCAGACUGUAAAUUAGAAACAUCUUCAAUUAAGAAAAGUAAAAUUAGACCUUCCAAGAAUUUCAUUGUUAAACGAAAAGCUGUCAUAGUUGAUAAAAAGAAAAUCUUAAAAUUAAAAAAAAAGAUCUUAAAAAAUAAAAAGUCGUAAGGACUAAAAUAAAGAUUAGUAUAAAUUUGUUCAUAUAAUACAGUAAGUGUGUAAUUAUAUAUGUACAUAUA